GACGGGAGCGCCGCGUCACCGGCGGGAGCGCGUGCCCGCCGCCGCCGCCUGCGGGGGCGCGCCUGCGGGAACGCGCUCGCCUCCCCACUCAUUCCCCGGUGCCGUCAGAGCGCGGCCUCCGCCCCGCGGCCCAGUCGGGCCGCCCCAGUGCGUGAGGCCGCGUGGCGCGGAGGUGCCCGCAGAGCCCGGCGGGGCGGGGGCCCGGGCUGCCCCAGCGCUCCCGGAAUAGCCACCGGCACCUGCAGGAAGGGGCCGCCUGCCAGACUCGUGGCGUUGUUGAUGUAAAGUGUCUCCCCGGUGCCCCGAAACGUAUUUCAGCGUUGUGUUCGCGCUGGUGAAUGUGCACUUCCCUAAAGCUGCGCUGUAAAGUCCGCUCCUGUUUGACUGCAAACAGAAAGGGUUGUCAAGCAUUGGAACAGGCUGCCCAGGCAAGACGUUGAGUCACUGUCCCUGGAGGUAUUUUAAAGCUGUGUGUUCAGAGGUACCUGUGCAUGAGGAGAAGUUUGUUCUAUGGCCUCAGAGCUGGGUGCCAGGGAGGAUGGCAGCUGCUCAGAGCUGGCAAAACCCCUCUAUCUGCAAUACCUGGAAAAAGCUCUGCAACUGGAUCAGUUCUUACGACAGACGUCUGCCAUCUUUAACAGGAGUAUAUCCAGUGAUGAAAGUGAAGAUGGAUUGGAUGACAAUCCUUUGCUGCCUCAGUCUGGGGAUACCCUGAUGCAAGUUAAGGAAGAGCCUCCAGACUCCUUCCUUGGAGAGUCUUCUGGAGCAGGGAAUUCUGGGAUGUUGAACACACAUUCCCUGAAUGGAGUACUCCAGCCAGAACCAAAGUCUGAAAAAGGGAGCUUGUAUAAUUUUUCCAAACUGAAGAAAAGCAGAAAGUGGCUGAAGAGUAUCCUUCUGAGUGAUGAUUCCAGUGACACAGAUUCACCAAGUGAUGAGGAUGGAGAGGACGAAGAAGAAUUUUCUCUUUCAAGGGAGGAACUUCACGAUAUGCUGCGAUUACACAAGUAUAAGAAAUUGCAUCAAAGUAAAUAUAGCAAAGAUAAAGAGUUGCAGCAGUACCAGUACUACAGCGCAGGGCUGCUCUCUACCUAUGACCCCUACUAUGAGCAGCAGCGCCACCUGCUAGGGCCCAAGAAAAAGAAGUUUAAAGAAGAGAAAAAAAUAAAAGGCAAGUUGAAAAAAGUAAAGAAAAAGAGAAGACGGGAUGAAGAACUCUCUUCAGAGGAGUCACCACGACGCCACCAUCACCAGGCCAAAGUUUUUGCCAAGUUUUCCCACGAUACACCACCACCUGGGUCCAAGAAAAAGCAUUUGUCUAUUGAGCAACUUAACGCACGUCGGCGCAAAGUGUGGCUUAGCAUUGUUAAGAAGGAGUUGCCAAAGGCAUACAAACAGAAAGCUUCAGCCCGUAACCUCUUCCUAACCAACAGCAAAAAGCUGGCCCACCAGUGCAUGAGGGAGGUCCGUAGAGCUGCUAUCCAAGCCCAGAAAAACUGUAAGGAAACUCUACCACGAGCACGUCGUCUCACCAAGGAGAUGCUUCUCUAUUGGAAAAAGUAUGAAAAGGUGGAAAAAGAGCAUCGGAAACGAGCUGAGAAGGAGGCUCUGGAGCAACGCAAGCUAGAUGAGGAGAUGAGAGAGGCUAAGAGACAGCAGCGAAAACUGAACUUCCUGAUCACACAAACUGAAUUAUAUGCCCAUUUUAUGAGUCGUAAACGAGAUAUUGGACAUGAUGGGAUACAGGAGGAAAUCCUGCGCAAACUGGAAGACAGCUCUACCCAAAGGCAGAUUGAUAUUGGUGGAGGAGUAGUGGUCAACAUCACCCAAGAAGAUUAUGAUAGCAACUAUUACAAGGCCCAAGCUCUGAAGAAUGCUGAGGAUGCUUACCAGAUUCAUCAAGCCCGGACCAGAUCAUUUGAUGAAGAUGCAAAGGAGAGCCGGGCAGCUGCUUUACGGGCUGCUAACAAAUCCGGGACUGGGUUUGGAGAGAGCUACAGUUUAGCAAACCCAUCUAUCCGAGCAGGAGAAGAUAUUCCACAGCCUACCAUUUUCAAUGGAAAACUGAAAGGUUAUCAGCUGAAAGGCAUGAAUUGGCUGGCCAACCUAUAUGAGCAGGGCAUCAAUGGAAUCCUGGCAGAUGAAAUGGGUCUGGGUAAAACAGUACAAAGUAUUGCUCUCCUUGCACAUCUGGCUGAGAGAGAGAACAUCUGGGGACCUUUUUUAAUAAUUUCACCUGCCUCUACUCUGAACAACUGGCACCAGGAGUUUGCCAGAUUUGUACCUAAAUUUAAGGUGCUACCUUAUUGGGGAAAUCCUCAUGAUAGAAAGGUGAUCAGAAAGUUCUGGAGUCAGAAGACAUUGUAUACUCAGGAUGCUCCUUUCCAUGUGGUAAUUACCAGUUACCAGCUGGUAGUGCAGGAUGUGAAGUAUUUCCAGCGAGUGAAGUGGCAGUAUAUGGUGCUGGAUGAAGCACAAGCGCUCAAGAGUAGCUCCAGUGUUCGUUGGAAGAUCCUACUACAGUUCCAGUGUCGAAACAGAUUGUUGUUGACUGGUACCCCAAUCCAGAACACAAUGGCUGAGCUGUGGGCCCUGCUGCAUUUUAUCAUGCCAACACUGUUUGAUUCCCAUGAAGAGUUCAAUGAGUGGUUUUCUAAGGACAUAGAGAGUCAUGCAGAGAACAAAUCUGCUAUUGAUGAGAACCAGUUAUCCCGCUUGCACAUGAUCCUGAAGCCUUUCAUGUUGAGAAGAAUCAAGAAGGAUGUGGAAAAUGAACUGUCAGAUAAGAUUGAAAUUCUUAUGUACUGCCAGCAGACAAGUCGACAGAAGCUCUUGUACCAAGCUCUGAAAAACAAAAUCUCUAUUGAUGACCUCUUGCAGUCAUCAAUGGGCACUACUCAGCAAGCACAGACCACCACAAGUAGUCUCAUGAAUCUAGUCAUGCAGUUUAGGAAGGUGUGCAAUCACCCAGAGCUGUUUGAGCGACAAGAAACUUGGUCUCCAUUUCACAUCUCCCUAAAGCCAUACCAGAUUUCCAAGUUCCUCUACCGUCAUGGACAGAUCAGGGUCUUUAACCACUCACGGGACAGGUGGUUACGGGUUUUACUUUCGCCAUUUGCACCAGACCACAUCCAGCAGUCUCUUUUCCACAGGAAGGGCAUCAAUGAAGAAAGCUGUUUUUCUUUCCUCCGGUUUAUUGAUGUCUCUCCAGCAGAAAUGGCAAACCUUAUGAAUCAGGGACAUUUAGCCAGAUGGUUAGCUCUUUUCCUGUCUCUGAAAGCAUCCUACAGGCUCCAUCACAUGCGCUCCUGGAUGGAGACUGAAGAGGACAAAGAGCAGGGGUCAUGUUUUCUGAGGAACAGGGAUUUCUUGCUUGAUGUAAAUUUCCCACUGUCUUUCCCUAACUUGCACAGCUGCACUUUGCUGCAGAACCUUGUGUUCAGCAGCCACUGUAAAGCAGUUACUGGCUAUUCAGACCAUGUCAUAUAUAGAAGGAGAUCAGCUACCUCAUGUGUACGAUGCUGCCAGGUGACUGAGCUGCCGUCCUUCCUGAGCAUAGCCAGUCCACGGGUAACAGCUGUGCCACUGGAGUUCUACUGCAAUGACCGAAGUGCAGAAUACGAGCGCAGGGCACUAAGGGAAGGAGGCAGUCUGGAAGCAAAGCAGUGUGUACUCCAUGGAUCCCCUGAGCUAGCAGCUGACUGGCUCAAGCAGUGCUCCCAGUUCUUCCCAGAGCAUCCAGGAGGGCUCUUAGGGAUCAGGCCUCAGAACGGCUGGUCUUUUAUCAGGAUACCAGAUAAAGAGAGUCUGAUCACUGACAGUGGAAAACUUCAUGCUCUUGAUCUUCUGUUGACACGGCUGAAAUCUCAAGGACACAGAGUUCUCAUUUACUCCCAGAUGACACGGAUGAUUGACUUACUGGAGGAAUACAUGGUUUAUAGGAAACAUACCUACAUGAGAUUGGAUGGCUCUUCAAAGAUUUCUGAGCGAAGGGACAUGGUAGCAGAUUUUCAGAACAGGAAUGAUAUUUUUGUGUUCCUGUUAAGUACAAGAGCUGGAGGCUUGGGCAUUAACCUUACAGCUGCAGAUACGGUAAUUUUCUAUGACAGUGAUUGGAACCCAACAGUAGACCAGCAAGCCAUGGACCGGGCCCACAGGCUGGGUCAGACCAAACAGGUCACCGUGUACCGCUUGAUUUGUAAAGGCACCAUAGAGGAGCGCAUCCUGCAGCGGGCAAAGGAGAAGAGCGAGAUUCAGCGAAUGGUAAUUUCAGGUGGCAAUUUCAAACCUGACACCUUGAAGCCAAAAGAGGUGGUCAGCCUUCUGCUGGAUGAUGAGGAGCUAGAAAAGAAAUUGCGUCAGCGUCAAGAAGAGAAGCGACAGCAAGAAGAAACAAAUCGUGUGAAGGAACGUAAACGUAAAAGGGAAAAAUAUGCUGAGAAGAAGAAAAAGGAAGAUGAAUUGGAUGGGAAGAGAAAGAAAGAGAACGUGAACCUUGUGAUCCCAUUUGUCCCCUCAGCUGAUAACUCCAACCUGUCUGCUGAUGGGGAUGACUCUUUCAUUAGUGUAGACUCUGCCAUGCCCAGUCCUUUCAGUGAGAUCUCCAUCAGCAGUGAAUUACAUAUGGGCUCUAUCCCUCCUGAUGAGAGCAGUAAUGAUAUGCUUGUGAUUGUGGAUGAUCCAGCUUCUUCAGCACCUCAGUCAAGGGCAACAAACUCUCCUGCUUCCGUUACUGGCUCUGUUUCAGACACCGUGAAUGGCGUUUCAGUGCCAGAUACAUCUCUCACUGUGAGAGGCCAGUCAAGUCGAAGCCGGGGUCGUCCCAAAGGUGGCUCCAAAGGUGGCACUGGGAAAGGCAGGAGCCGGAAGUCCAUAGCGGGGAGCGCGGCAGCAAUGGCAGGGGCCAAGGCGGGGGCGGCGGCAGCCUCUGCAGCGGCAUACGCUGCCUACGGCUACAACGUCUCCAAAGGCAUGUCUGCAAGUAGCCCUCUACAAACAGCAAUCAUUCGGCCUUCCGGACUUGCAGAUUUUGGACCUUCAAACGCCUCUUCUCCCUUGAGCUCCCCUUUGAGCAAAGGAAACAGUAUUUGUGGGACCCCCAAAAGUUUAAACCUGACCAGCAGUCUCAUAUCAGAAACUUCAAUUCGGAAGCAAAGCAAAGGUGCCCACACCUCAGGUGGUCGGUAGUAAUUUCGAACCCCCAAAGCUUGUCUGAACUGUGUUGGCUUUCCGAGUAGACCACCCUGCCAGUCGAAGGCGUGCUAACAAAUGCCUUGUUGCUGUCCAGCACAUGUGUGGGAAGAAAAUCAAAGCACAAUGGGAGUGGGUGGUUGAUGUGAGCACUUUGAUUAUGUGUAUUCCAAAAAACUAUCUUUGCAGACACUGCAAGAAGGAGGGAAGGGAGUCUGGGGUAAGAAAGCAUCCAGCUACUCCAUGCAAUAUCCUGCAUCUGUGUGUGCUUGAAGUCACACCAGUAUACUUCCUCUCCUGUAGCCUGAGGUGGAGCCCAGCAUUAAUUUUGUCCUAUGAAAUCAGUAUCUGUACCCCAGGAGAAUCCUGUAGAGUCACAAGACAUUUCUAUCCUGGCAGCUGGUCAGUGAACAUGCAGGAGUAAUUGUGGGCUGUGCUGAAGAUGAUGUAUGAUCAAAAAAAUUCUUGGGUUCUUCUGGUGUGGAUCUCUGGGUUCUUUAAAGACUUGAAAUUCAAAGGAAGGUGUCUCAGGUGGUUUCCAGGGAGCAGACUCUUUUCAGCACCAUUUGUCAGGAAGAUGUUCAGAGCUGCAGAAUUCAGGGAGCGCUGUCAGGCCUCAUGAGAGCAGCAGCACAGCCUCUGCUUCACACAGUGGAAGAAACCACAGGCCAGUGAUUGGUUUGCAUUUCAGAGUUCUCAUCAGCACGAACACUCACCGUGUUCAGAAUGAUUUCUCUCAUUUAUGAAGUGCGCAGAACUCUUUAAAAGCUUAGAAACAAAAUAAUACUUUAUUUGUGUAAAUCUCAAGAAGGAGGAAAGCUGAAGUGUUGAGGAGGAGUUUGUGCUGCUCCUCUCACCGUGCCGUAGCAGAGCAUGGAUCUGCAGCUUGCAGUGAUGUGAGAGGAGCAAUCCUGAGAGAGAGAGAACUGUGCCAUUCCCCCUUCCAGCCAAAUCCUGGGAAAAAAAUUGUCUCAUAUCCCAGCCAUCCCAUUGACUGUUCCUGCAGUGUGUUUUCCCUUCAUCUUUGUGACCAUCACACAUACUGGCGUGGUUGAGUUCGCUGCAGUGUGGGCGGUAGCCGUGUCCCAUGGGGCUGGUGGAAGGCAGUGCUGCCAGCACCCAUCCGUGUUCUUGUUCCCUGGUUGUUCCUUCCCCGUUCUUGAUGCACAAACCCUGCCCGUAGCCCCUUGCUUUGCUGUAAGCGUUGUCUGCAUUGCACUGAGAUUCAGGUGCAGGACAGUUAUUCUGUCUCACACGUUGAAUUAAGAGACUGUUCUGCCGGGGCACUUUCAUCCCUUGAGAGAAGCAAGUUGAGUUGCAGGUCUAGGCUGUGACAGUGGAAGAUGAUUUCUUUUUUUAUUAUUAUAAUUUUUUUCUGACCCCAAAUCUUUUGCCUGGCGUCCUACAGUGUAGAGCGAGUGCUUCCUGUUGGUUCUGCCUCUAAUUUGCACACCUGAAAAUAGCAGAACUGAGCUUAGUUAGAUUGAUUUUUGAACAGAUUUGCAGGGGAUAAUUGAGGGGGAGGUGAUGUUUAAUUAACUCAUAAAGACUUCCCCCUUCCCCUUCUAUUCACAUGUAUAUAUGAUAUUUAGAGGGAAUCAGACAAAUGCCAAGCCUUUUUUUCUCUUUGAAUGUGCUGUCUAUUUUUGUAACUGAACUUGUACAUAUGUAUAAAGAGAGACACAUCUUUCUUUUACUAACUGGAGGAGAAAAUCUUAAAUAAAAUGGAGUGAGAUAAUUUUAUGUAAAUCAGUGUCUUUGUGGUUUUUAUGCAUGUAGCUGUAUGAAUGAGAGGAAUAGGGAAGAGAGCAUGGAGGGGCGUGCAUCUGGAAGUGCUUCUGGAGACAAACGCUGCUCAAUGUAAAGCUCUAGGGUAUCUGUGCUCUGGCAAGUAUCAUGUUUGUAACCUUCUUCAGUUACAACUGUACCCUUAGCCCAUGUUUGUAUUCACUGAUUACCUCAUAAUCUAUUUUGGAGUAAGUGUGCAGCAGGUCACAAGAAAACAGAAGCAACUAUAAUAUUAAACAGUACCUGGAC